GUCCAUAUUUUGGUAGCCGACACGUACAAACUAUAUUUUAUUUUUUACUAUUCACAAUCACCUAUUGCAAAAGGGCAGCCCUUUCAAUUGCGAUCGUAGCAAUGAAUGACAACUCAACAUCAUCCAACGUUGACAUCGAGACCUUCAAAUGGACAAACGAAAGUGUAGUUUUGUCAGCUUUUUUCUGGGGUUACGUUAUUUUCCAAAUUCCUGCUGCUCAAUUGAGCAAGAAAGUUGGUGCCAAAUGGAUGCUGGUGGGCUGCACAAUCUUAGAUUCACUAUCUUUCAUGAUAAUUCCAAUAGUGGCAAGUCAUUUAGGGUCAAUUGGCGUGAUGGGAUGCAGAGUUUUAGAAGGUCUAGCUCAAGGCGGAGUGUCGCCUCUGGUUCAUACCUUGUUAGGAACUUGGGCACCUCCUGGAGAGAGAUCCGUCCUUGGCACUUUUGCUUACUCUGGAUGCAUUUGUGGAAAUAUCCUAUCGUUAUCAGUUACCGGAUUCAUAUGUUCAAGCGGAUGGGGUUGGCCGGCGGUAUUUUACAUCUUCGGAAUUAUCGGUCUCAUGUGGACGUUGGCUUGGAUCAUAUUUGGAGCAGACAGACCAAGUUCUCACAAAACUAUAACUGAUGCUGAGAGAAACUAUAUCGAAAUCAGCCUCAAUCAACAAGUACAUAAGAACAGUUUGUUUUCUGCUGCACCAUAUGUGGCGAUGUUGAUUUGUUCACUUACUUUUAGUCCCAUCUGUGACUGGAUGAUAAAUAACAACAUGGUUUCGAGAACUGUUGCAAGAAAAAUUUUUAAUACUGUAGGUACCAUUUUUCCAGCAAUUAGCCUCACUAUGGUAGCGUUCAUUACGAAAGAAUAUGCUAGUUAUUCUGUUGCUUUGCUGAUUAUCAAUGGUGGUAUCAGUGCUGGAGCUCUCUGUAGUUAUCAAGUCAAUCACGUGGAUUUAUCUCCGAACCAUUCGGGAGUACUCAUGGCAAUCACAAAUAGUUCUACUAGUAUUUUCUCCAUUAUAUCCCCAUUAAUUGUUCAAUUCAUCGUUACUGAUCCAAGCAAUCAGUCACAAUGGAGAACAAUAUUUCUCGUGACAGCAGGUCUAUAUUUGUUGGCUGAUAUAUUCUAUAUCAUUUUUGGAUCCGGAGAUGUGCAGCCUUGGAAUAGUGUUGAAGAGAAUGAUGAAGAUGGUAGUUCUCCGAAUAUAUCAGUCGUGGAACUCGAUCAGAAAAAUAAAAAAUAUUAAAAGUAUUAUAAUUGA